GGCACUCUGCCGCCAGGGUCCUGAAUUCAAUCGAGAAGUCUGAGACGGAUCUCUCCUGCUGGCGUAACUCCGCCAGCCUCCUGGCCGCCUCCCGUCCUGCGACGGCCUGAUCAAAGACCCGCCUCAUCUCCUCGGAGAGCGCCAGGAACGAGUCGCAGCAUGGGUCCUGGUUCUCCCACACCGCCGUCCCCCAUAGUGCCGCCCUCCCAGAGAGUAACGUUAGGACAAACGCCACCUUCGCCCUCUCAUUGGAGAAUGUCCUGGGUUGCAGGGCAAAAUGCAUAUCACAUCAGGUUAGAAAUGCUCUACAAAAGCUGGGCUCACCCGAGUAUGCUUCCGGGAUCGGAAGUCGCGGUUCCGGCUGGGAGGCGGUCACCGGUGGUAUCGGGAGAGCGGGCGGUGUGGAUGGCGCAGUGGGUGCUCGAAGAAGAUGGAACUGCUGGGUGAGCUCGGACACCUGCGUCACCAAGGCUUGGACCGCGCGACCAGUGUCGUUAAGAGUCCUCUCCUGGGAGUCCAUCCUCCGAACACUGGCGCUGAGAAAUUCCUCCAGAGAUGAGGAUUGAGUACUCGCUGCCUCCAUGUUGGUCUGAUCGUUCUGUGACGGUAGUUAUGGAGGACAGGAGACAAAUGCAAGUACAAGGAAGUUUAUUGAUAGUAUGAUGAUGAUGGAAGGCCGGAGAGUGACGCAGGAACCACGAUGGCAGCACAGACUGGUGAGUUGAGACGUAGAGUGCGCUGACGACGAUGACAGUGGUGAUAAUCCAAUGGUGGUGAGUGUAUUCCGAUCGUGAAGACAGGAUCCGACAGAACGGCGACAAAGCAAGGCAGGAACAACACGAACACGACAUCAAACACCAGGAUCUACAAACAACGAUCAGACAAACAGGAGACGAAAGACAGGGCGUUAUAUAGUCUGAUAGAACGAGCCGCACCUGCCGCUGAUCAGACGAUCAGCGGCCACACCCACAGGAAACAAUCAACAUGACGUAACAUGACUACAGCUGGAGACGGUGCAUUCACGAACCGUGACAAUACCACUUACUCCCGAUUUCUCUCAACAUGGCAACACGGGAGCUGUCAGUCAAGGCAUGAGAAACAAAGUAACUAGUGUUACAAAUUAGAAAAAGUAACUCAGAUAUUUCCUUCUAAAUUAAAAAGUAACGUCACUUUACAUAUUACUUGAAAAAAGUAAUCUGAUUACGUAAUUUACCCCCAACACUGGUGCCAGUGAUCUGUAAAUGUAAAUAUGUGUUCCUCAGCAGAGUGACGCUAGUGAGGAGAACAGUUCAGAUGGCUUCAUGCACUCCAUGGAUCCUCAGCUUGAGAGGCAGGUGGAGACCAUCAGGAACCUGGUGGAUUCCUACAUGGCCAUCAUCAACAAGACUGUGCGGGACCUCAUGCCCAAGACCAUCAUGCAUCUCAUGAUCAACAACACUAAAGAAUUCAUCCAUGCUGAUUUGCUGGCUAACUUAUACUCAUGUGAAGACCAGAACUCUCUGAUGGAGGAGUCAGCAGAACAGGCUCAGCACAGGGAGGAGAUGCUGCGCAUGUACCACGCUCUGAAAGAGGCCCUCAACAUCAUCGGGGACAUCAGCACCACCACUGUCUCCACUGCCAUGCCCCCGCCGGUGGAUGACUCCUGGCUCCAGGUACAAGGAGUACCUUCAGGACGCAGAUCUCCAAUGUCUAGUCCCACUCCCCAGCGUCGGGCCCCACCUGGGCCCCCUCGUCCAGGUGGACGUACCGCCCCAGGACCCCUUACCGGUGGAGCACCUCCUGUUCCAUCCAGACCUGGAGCCUCUCCUGACCCCUUCAGCGGCCCCCCGCCGCAGGUCCCCUCUCGUCCCAACCGCGCCCCACCAGGUGUCCCCAGCCCUUCUGCCCUGCCCUGAUCCCUGGUCUUUAACACAAGAAAGACAGAUCAGCAGCACUCUUUCUGCUAUUUCUACUUCUCUCACCUGUCAUAAUCUAUCCCUUUUUCUCAGUUCACACACUCCUACACACACAGCCUAACUCAGAGCCUCGCACUAACAAACCACUCACACUUUUUUUCACCUCCGCUGGUUUGCUUUUUCCAUCUCCUUGACAUGACUCUAUGUGCAUAUUCAUUCAAAUGUUGUUUUAACUCAUUGAGUUCAUGUAUUGUUUGUAUAUAAUACAUAGCAACAUCAGCUUUGUGAGAUCAUUCUCUGAUGAUAUACGUGUUUGGGAGGAAAAUAUAAGGGAAUCAGACCAAUUAAGACCAUUGCCUCUUUUCUGUUGACUCAUGUUCUCCUCAAACUCAGUCCCACUAAAUCCCUUCCACAAUGAUUCCGGUUAUUCUUUCAGAAUUUCUAUCAGUGACCGAUGAGGAGUUACGCAAAUGGUAUGUCUGACAUAUUGUCCUUAUGUGACGUCACCACGUCCUUGCAUGGUUCCAUCUUUACAUGUGUUAAUAUCUGCUGUUCCCUGACACUUACUGUACCAUUCACUAGAUAUGAGUACACCAGCCUAUUACUGUCUGUUCAUUUGUUCAGAGUGUUUUAUUUUUCUAAUGUUUUUAUUUUAACCGUUCUUGGAACUGCCAUUUAAUUUUAUAAAGAAAAGAUGCCACCUGAUUGAACAACUCAGUCUUAAAGAGAUACUCCACCCCAAAAUGAAAAUUUUGUCAUUAAUCACUUGCCCCCAUGUCUUUCCAAACCUGUAAAAGCUUCGUUCAUCCUCGGAAAACAAUUUAAGAUAUUUUGGAUGAAAAACAGGAGGCUUGUGACUGUCCAAUAGACUGCCAAGUAUGUUACACUGUCAAAGUCCAGAAAAGUAUGAAAGACGUCAUCAGAAUAGUCCAUCUGCCAUCAGUGGUUCAACCGUAGUGUAAUUUUAUUUUAUGUUGUUCCUAAUUGUGUGUCCUUUCCCCUGUUGUCUGUCUGUCCUUCUGUUUGUACGUCUGCAUCCAUCAAUCUGUCUGUUGUCAUCUUUGAAGUCGGAGAGUGCCAGCCUCCUCCACCAGAUCCAACAGAGACUCGCUCACCGAGCAUUAACACUGGCGGUCAGCAGACAGAGGCAAACCACUGACUCCUCAACCACUAUAUCACAUUCAUAAACUAGCCUCUUUCACUAUUUGCUUCAAUAUUUAUGCAGAUGGCUGCUAGAUGACAUGUUUUUGCCUUUACUAGUCACAACUAAGCCUUAACAAGCAUCUGACCAGUUCUUAACCCCUCGAUACACUCGCCCUGCAUAUUUUUCUUUAAAUAUACCAUGUUACUUUUCCUGCUGUUUCACUAUGUUGCAGUCUUAUUUUAUUUCUUAACGAUUAGCAAGUUUCACCUUUUUAUAUCGCCUUCUAUUAAAUGUUUUUUAUUUUAUUUUGCAUUUAUUUUAUGCUAUUUUAUUUUAUUUGUUAAUAAUCACCAGGACAGAAUAACAAAUCUGACAUGUUUUAACAAGUUUUUGGGAUGCUCUGAUUUAAUAUAGUCCUUAUUAAUGUUUGAAUGUUAUAUUGCACCUUUCUGAGACUGAUUACAUGAAAAGAGUAAACAGUAAAUCAAAUAAAUAUAUGUAUUUGAGUAUUCAGUAGUUCCUAUUCAGUUCCUAUUUCAAUUUAAAAAAAUGCUGGAACACACUUCUGUUUCUUUAUGAUUUUCACACAUUGUUCUUCAGAUGGAAAAAACCUAAAUAUAGACUAAUAUUGUCUUUUACAGCCCUAUUUAGUGAAACAGAAAUCCAAACAAAUGACAGUUAUAAAGUUAUAUAAUGAUGGUGCUUUAAUUUCAACCAUAAAGCCCUUCAAGUGUAGUCCAAACAAAUGACUUGUAGUGAAACUGACAAACACAGCGCACUGUGGGCUUGUGAGAGAUAAAUCAGUGUUUCAGACGUGUUCGAGUAGUUUAAUAAUCAUUUUAUAAGAUAUAUAUUCUUCACAUUUGUCAUAGCCAUCACGUUCCCAAGUGCUAUCACUCUUGACACUGACAAACCCAUUAUUGUUCUUACAAAUCCAUGCUGUUAUUUUCCAAGCUUUUUUAAACACUUUUUUUUCUUUGAUUUGUUGUUCUUGUUUUUGUUUUUUUUUUGUUUUUUUAGCCGCCCAAUCAAAGGAAGCCCUUCUCACAGUGAUAAUCCACAUCCUUCAUUUGACUCUUAGAGUCAACCAUCCUUCCUACUCCUCCUCCUCCUCCUCUCUUUCUCUGUCUCUCCACUGCCUCUCUCUCUGUGCUUUUCCUCUGACCAAGUGCAUCCUGGCAUUGGAUGGAGCAGCAUGGAUGAAGUGGUUGAAAGAAAAGGCAGAGAGAUAAAUGAAGAAUGCAAGAGAGCUCACUCUCUCUGUCUGAGCUAUAUACACUAAUCACAUUGUAAUGGCCAUCUGAAUAAUACACCCAGUGUGGACUUGAGUCAACAUUGAAAAAAAAGCUGCAAUGAUAUACUUAUUGUACUGCAGAUGCUGUGUGGUGCUUGUGUUUACUCACAAGACAAUAUCGACUCAGUCUAUUUAGAGGUAUAGAGCUAAAGGGGAAUCUGCCAUACAUAAGCUUACAGAAUAUUCCUGUCUGCACACCAAUAUAAAGGAUAGCGGAUACACAACGUACUGUGGUACUGUGUGUGAAUGUAUUCUUCCUGAGAGUUUGAAGGUUAUUUGAUCCCACAGUGUUUGUUUCAGCCACAAUGUCUCUUCUAUUUUCCCUAGCAAACUAAUAAGUCAUGUCUGUCUGAAAUGUACAUACAUUAGAAUAUAUAUACAUAUAUAUAUAUUUAUUUGUUAAUUUAUUUGUUGAUGCAGCAGUGGAAUACAUCCGAGAAUGAGAAUGGUUGAUGAAUCAAUCUGUCUGCUGUUGAAAUGUUAUUGAUAUAUAAAUUCAAGAAUCCUUAAUACAAUGACAUGAGUUUAAAUUAAUAUAGCAUCUGUAAUGACUCUUUAUAUGGUGAACAGAAUCUGUUACUGUGUUGAUGUAAAUUUAUUGUGCAUCUCUGGGAGUAGUGCUUCUGUUGAUUUGUGUUGACAUGUACAUUUACUAAGGAUUGAUAAUGAAGUCAUUGUAUUAAUGAAGUCAUUGCCUUGUGUAUCUUAUUGUGGUCUGGUGUCAUAAACUGGCCAAUGCUUUGUGAUGAAAUUAAAGUGAUUUUGUGCAAAAGAUAA